UCCAUCGUCUUGCGUGUUUCUUGGGUGUCUUCGGAUAGUAUCUGUGAGGGCGGACUACUAGGCCUAGAAGUUGUCUCGAGAAAGACAGUCGGGUGUGGAGUAAUUGAGCUAAUUGCUCGCACCUCCGUGUUAAUUCCAGUGGUAAUCAUUUUGGGGUCGGCACGGGUCUCUAUGCUAUCAGUCGGGUGAUUACACCAGGUGGAUUCGCGGACGGAACCUGGAAACUAGAGCGGGCGGGCACGAACUUCUUAGCUUUUUUGUUGAUCUUUCGCAUAUUUCGCGGCUAAUUGUUUGCAGCGUCUUGAAUUUUAAGAGCUCGUCGCGAAUCAUUUGGGUGCUUUAUUUAAAUUUCUGAUUUACGAGUGAGUCGUAAAUGCGCGACGGAGAUUAGCAUCUGGCACGUUUCACUUCUGACUGACUAGAAGUCCGCAGAAAUCUUGUUAUUUUUACAUAUUUGGACAGAGGCAGAUUACGCUCCCGCGUUGGAAGCAAUGUCGGUGUUAAUACCUGGAAAGCCCUUCUAAUAACGCGUGAAAUUGAAAUCCCAUCAGGUGUGGGUUCUGAUAUUGGUUUGGAUUUUUUUAGGGACGGGAGUGGUACUGUGUCGUUGCGUCUUAUGUUAGUGAAUGCGAUUGCGACAGGUGUCUCGUGAGUGGAAGUUAAAGGUGCAUUUGUUGGUGGUGUAAAGUGUUGUCUGCUCUUGUGCUACUCACCCCAAAGUAUCCUGAAGCCGGACUCAACAGUAGAGGUAGACAGAAGGUGUUGAGUCGCCCGAAUUGUUGCACUAAACUAAGCCAGGAGAGACUACAUGCAUUUCGACUAGCAACGAAAAAAUCCGCGGUCCAGUUCAGUUCGACCCAGUUGAACAGGUGAUAAAGUUAACAACCGGUGAACACCCAGCUGAAAAUACUCACUCAAUUUGUGCUGUUAAAUCGAUCGCUGGUAAAUAAUUUGGGAUAUUGUACAAAUAAUACGGAAACAACGACCCUAGGAUUUGCUACAUUAAGAAAUUGAUGGCGACAUCAUGGAUUCAUUGACCAAAUAGCUAAAACCAGCUUAUCUUAAUACUCAAAAUGAAGAGACUCUAAAUUGUGUUCUUGAAUCUCAGCCAACAGUUCACACUUUGUGACAUUGGCAAAUCAACACUAAUUCAAACUGUGAUAUAUCCCAGAUAUAGUUGGCAAUCGCUUUCAUCAUUCUUGGAAAGGAUAUGCCAAAAAUGGAACAUAUACAACGAACUUCAGUAUUUGUGAUUUUAAUUUUUCUAUUUUGUAUUAAUCUGCUUUGCGCGGAUAAUCUGCAUUCCUCGAGUAGAAAUUCACAAUAUCGUAGAACUCGAACUGCGAUUAAUAAUGGCGGAUCACGUGUGAAGAAAAAUAGUUAUGGAAGUGGGACCGUUUCAGCCGCGAGCGGAUUUAAUGAAGGUGGCGGAAAUGGCGCCGGAGUUGAUGGAGCACCACUUAGUGCAAUGCUUUCUAUGAUUGGAAAUCGUGAAAGGGAGCGAAAACCAAAUAUUGUUCUGAUAUUAACGGAUGAUCAAGAUGUCGAACUAGGAUCGUUAAACUUUAUGCCGAGAACGUUGCGUCUGUUACGAGAUGGUGGUGCCGAAUUUCGACAUGCUUAUACAACCACACCUAUGUGUUGCCCGGCCCGUUCAUCCCUUUUAACGGGUGUGUACGUGCAUAAUCAUAUGGUAUUCACAAAUAACGAUAAUUGCUCAAGUCCAACGUGGCAAGCAACGCACGAGACACGCUCCUUUGCCACAUACCUGUCGAAUGCCGGCUACCGAACAGGAUACUUUGGCAAGUAUCUGAACAAGUACAAUGGCUCUUAUAUCCCGCCGGGAUGGCGUGAGUGGGGUGGGCUCAUUAUGAAUUCUAAGUACUAUAAUUACAGCAUCAACAUGAAUGGACAGAAGAUUAAGCAUGGAUUCGAUUAUGCCAAAGAUUACUACCCAGACUUAAUAGCCAACGACUCAAUAGCUUUCCUGCGCCAAUCGAAACAACAAAAUCAACGGAAGCCGGUAAUGUUGACUAUGAGCUUUCCGGCGCCUCAUGGUCCUGAAGACUCGGCUCCGCAAUACAGCCAUCUCUUCUUCAAUGUAACGACGCAUCACACCCCCGCUUAUGAUCAUGCACCAAAUCCCGACAAACAAUGGAUACUUCGGAUAACGCAACCAAUGGAACCAGUUCACAAACGUUUCACUGAUCUUUUGAUGACCAAGCGUCUGCAGACAUUGCAAAGUGUCGAUAUUGCCGUGGAGCGAGUAUACAAUGAGCUAAAAAACCUUGGGGAACUGGAUAACACGUACAUUAUCUUCACUUCGGACCAUGGGUACCAUCUUGGUCAAUUCGGAUUGAUAAAAGGCAAAAGUUUCCCGUUCGAGUUCGACGUGCGAGUGCCAUUUCUUAUGCGAGGUCCUGGAAUCCAGCCAGCGUCAGUAGUCGACGAAAUUGUUCUAAACAUUGAUCUGGCUCCAACAUUUCUUGAUAUUGGCGGCGUGUCGACGCCAUCUCAUAUGGAUGGGCGUAGCUUUUUGCCGCUUAUUUUAAAUCGACGCCGAAUGAAUCGUAUCCAGUGGCCGGACACGUUUUUAAUUGAAAGCUCCGGAAGACGUGAGACGCCCGAACAAUUGGCCGAGGCCAAGGCAAGACAGGCUGCCCUCAAGUCUGCCAAAGAAAUGACAAAUGGGACACGAUCUUCUGAGAUUGAAUUGGAAUCAAGAAACGUGACUGGCACUAAUCUGGAUCUAAUCGAAUUCGAUUCGCAGGAACAUGAUCUUGAGGAUAUUGAAGUUCUCGAAGAAAAACUGGACGAAUUAGAGGCUGAGAAUGAAGAAAUCGAACAACAGAACCAAAGGACCGAGCAGCUUCUACCUCUGCCGUCUCAACAGUCGAUACAAUCGAGUACCGAGAAUUUAGACGCACUUUACUCUGAAGCAGCUUCAGGAAUAAUGGACACCGAAGACAAUGUGCAACAAGUUCAAUUGGAUAAUAAUCUUCCUAUAGCUCCUUACCAGUCAAAGAUGGCACGAUUAAAUUCAGAAUGUUCGGAUCCAGCAUUGUUGGCUGACUGUAUACCCGGACAAAAGUGGAAGUGUAUAAAUGAUGACGGACGUUGGCGGAAACAUAAGUGCAAAUUCCAGUUACAAAACCACUUGGCCGAAAUCAACAAACUUUCAUCAAGAAAUAAACGCAAUUGCGCUUGCUUUACCCCAGACGGCGUUGUAUAUACGAAGCUCAAAACAGAUCGUGACUAUCUUGGACCAAGAAUUCGCAAAAGAGGUCAUCAUGGACUUUUUGCACGUCGCCAUAAACGUGAAACUGAUGAGCCAGUGGCACUACCAAUAACUGAGGAGCUUUAUAGUGCCAAUCCAUCAAUGCAAAUGUUGAAACUUCUCCAUAUCUCAAAUCUGGUCUCUGAAAUCGAAAACCAGCUUGAGUCUGAACUGGAAACAUCUGAACGAACACGACGAAAACGAGAUACUGUCGAUAGAAUCACAGACGUUAUUCAGGACAUUCAAGAAGCCCUUGACAAUCUCGAGGAAGAAUUCCGUGAAGAACGCGUUCUACACAACAAUCGAACUCGAAAAAUCAGUGGCGAGAAAAUUGCCGAAAAAUGCUUCAUCGAGGCAAAUUUCAAGGUAAACUGCUCUGAUAUUAUUGUCGACGAUCAUCGAGCCGUGAAAGAGUCGAGACAACAAAUUGAUUUACUCAUCAAAGUCCUUAAGAAUAAAAUCAACUAUUUAAAAGAUUUGAAGAAGGCAUUGCGAGAUAAUAGGGGGUCAACGCUUUCGAAUCGGGAUGAAAAUGACAGUGAAAAUCUGUCCGCACAAAGUGGUGGUGCUACUAUCGAGAACAGUUCAAUUGACGCUGAAUUAAGUGGACGACGACAAAAAGGAAAAAAAGGUCCUCAAAUAAAACCGUCACUAGACCCGCACUCACAUCGCCACAAAAAGAAUCGAAACAAUUUCACGCAAUCAGAAGUAGUGGACAGUAAUGAGAGAGCAAUCAUUGAAUCCAAUCACUUCUCAACAGAUCGCAAUGACAUUCCAGAGACAAUAAAAGAAAAUCUACCACCAAAUGGAGGUGAAGGCACGUUGUUAAAUGGCGAGACAAUAAACGCGAACAAUGGAAAACCCAGGAAAAACCAUCGAACUCAGGACAGUCGUGGCGGCAGUAGACGACCACAUAACGAGCAUAAUAGAUACCAUCACCAUGUGAACCAUCAUCAUCACCAUCAACAGCAGCACCAUUUCACGUUGAAUUUAACAACAGAAUCCCCUUUCCAGUCCUCCUCCGAGUCCACGAGCACACUACAUUCCUCAACAACAUUAAGUUCGUUCUCCACCAACAGUCCAUCAAAAACAUUUAGUGCUGACGGUCAGGACCAAAAAGUUAAUGAAAGAGAAGAAGUUUCUGAGAAAGGAGAUUCCUGGGUGACAUCUUCCCCCCAUAGCACGUUCGAAGGCUUCGCAACUGAAAGCUAUGUCCAUGAAGUCAAUAAGAUGGAGGGUGGAAAUUACAGGAAUAACGACUCAACAUACGGAGAAUUCAGUACUGAAGGACAAUGGCUAGAACCCGUCACAGUGAGUGCAUUAGCGGAACCAGUUAUUACUCCUGAUAAUCCCAUAAUAACAACCUCUGCCACGCCAACUCCCGUGCAGCUAAGAACCACAACCACUACAAAUGACAUAACGAACAUUUUCAAAGGACAUGGAUCUAAACCAUUCAAUACGAAUGAUCCGUUCCAUCAGCAAAAGUAUCCAUUCUCGGCACCUGCUGAGUGCUAUUGUGAACCGGAUAUUGAAAGUCCUUUGAUUGAUGAAAAAGAGUUGGAACGCGAGGCACGUCGUAAAUUAAAAGAAGAACGUCAACGCAAAAAGGAGCGUAAACGCAAUAAAAAGGCUCGCAUGGAGAAGGAGUGUCUGUCGGAGCGAAUGAAUUGCUUUAGUCAUGAUAGUAGCCACUGGCGAACGGCCCCCUUGUGGAAUGACGAUCCUUUCUGCUUUUGCAUGAACGCUCACAAUAACACUUACUCGUGUGUUAGAACCAUAAAUGCUACUCAUAAUUUCCUAUACUGCGAAUUCACGACAGGACUAAUAACAUACUAUGAUUUACGAAUAGAUCCCUUCGAAACAUUAAAUCGAGCAUCGAUUCUUAGCGCCGAAGAACGAUCCUAUCUUCAUGACACCUUGGAGCAUUUGAAAGGAUGCCGGGGCCGUAGCUGUACACUACUCCGGCAUUCCAGCACCGGCCCGAAUAAUGGAGUUCAUCACAUUCAUGGCAUUCGCCCACCGAAAAGGAAGUACCAAUCGAAUGCUGGGACUUAUUUGUAUCCUGAAUUUGAUGGUCCGCAAGCAAAACGGAGGAAGUUUUCCAAGUGGAACACUAACGCCAAACGGAAGGCAUGGCACCAACAACAGCAGCGAUACCACCAAAACAAUGAACCACCAAAACGUAACCGAAAUAACGGACAACAAACUAAUAGGAGACCAGUCUGGACUGAACAGGACCUCUACAACUGAAAGCUUUUCCAAUGAAUAAUAGAUCCUAAAAUCUAAGCGAUGUAUUAAGAGUUAUCCGAUCUUAACUGAAUAUUCUGAACAAAAAACAUAUUUAAAUGAGAUAAAUAAGAAAAAUAAAUGGAAACGAAAUGUAUCAUAGUUUGUAAGCAAUAAAUUAGUAAGGAAGAAGGUAGUGCUGAAAGUGUUCUGCAUCGGGCUGCAUAAGCUGAUUUAGUCUUGUAGCUAUUAUUCUUUUUUUGAAAGGAAUAGUACUUCAUUUUUGUUAAAUUAUUUUGAAUUUUAUAAAGGCAAUAUUAUAUAUAUUAGUCAUAUAUAAAUAUUUUUGUCGAUUUUUUCAUUCUAACAUUUUUACAACAAUUCGCUGAUUAUGAAAAACUUUAUCAAGUCACAAUCUUAUUUUUUGUUCAUGUCUUUGAGGCUACUAAAUUAAACUGAUAUGAUUUCAACAUUAAAUAGUUUUUUGAAAGAGAGAGGAAAUGAGAUUUAGCAAAUUAAUACUAUAUCUUCUUGAUAACAAGUGGGAAGCGUUAUACAGUCAAAGCUGUUUUGUCGCAUAGUAAUGAUCUCUACUCAUAUCUAUAGACUGAUAUGUUGAAGGUAACUUGCCAGAACUUUCUCUAGUGCAAACAAAUCUAGAAGAUCUACAAAAUUAAGCAGCAAAGCGGAAGAGCUAAUUUUUAUCAUAAAGCAAUGCUUCAGAUUAGGGCCGUAAAGAGAAAAUCCGAGCUCGGGGUGAAAAUUACGCAGGCUCCUCUUAUUUCUUUUAGCUUUAGCUAUUUCUUUGUGUCUUUAUUUCGGGCUUCCGAGAAAAUUGCGUGACGAGGGAAAUUGUCCCCCUUUUCUCCCAGGUCGUAGAUCGACUGCAUUCGACAUCACCUUAGCCUGGGCCAUGCUGCCGAUGGAUGUUUUGGAAAGGGUAUAAUACAGGGACUACUUAAAAUUUAACGUUACCGCAAUUCCAGCUGAUGUGAAUUAUGCUUCCUGAUACCAACGAGAACUUAAUUAUCCUUGCAGUGCUUAAUGUUUAUAAGUGACAUUGCCCAUUGCUGCUCCGUGAGUUCGUCUUCCUCUAAGUACAACCUGACAAGACGUUUUGUGACUGCCGCCAGUGUUAUCUAUGACGUUCACUAACGUCACUUACUGAAGGUUAAAUAUAUCGUCGAACAUGACAUCUCAUAAUAUUUGGCGAAGUACGGGCAGAUUUUAGCCCUUCAUCAGAGUACUGACAGAGCUGUCGACAAAAGCCACAAAAGUGUUAGCGGUCACUUGAUGUUCAAUCCCCCGGUCUUCAACCAGAUUUGGUUCAAAUCGACCGAAUUCGAUGCAUUCAUCACACACACACGUUUUCAGCCAAAGCUUUUAUUAAUAGCCGAAUUGUUAUAAGGAGAUCAGAAUUCGAAUCUAGAAAGCUACCCAAACCAGUCAUUACUGAAAUCAGGAUUUUUCCCCUAAAAAUGUAUGAGAUAGUAAAAAUGUGGCUUCGAUAGCAACACAAUCUUCUACAACUCCCAUAAUGCAAGACAGAUCUCCUCCGCUGAAUAACUCAACAAGCAUCUCCGGCUCUGUUUUUACUGCGUAUUAUUAAAUUUGACUUGCAGACCUUAAACUUUGCUUUUUCAUAUGCUACUCGGGAAUUUCCAUUGUCUCUAUUUCAAGUAUUUUAUGGUUCCUUCCCCUCCCUGUCCGACGGAAUGGCCCCAUAAAGCAAAAAACUCCAUUGUUUUCCCUGACCUCCUACACUCCAA